AUGGUGAAGGUGGGGCCAUGGGGUGGCAACGGAGGGAAUGUGUGGGAUAUGGGACAAGCCGACCACAUUACCAAACUUCGAAUCUAUUACGGAGAUAACAUUGUGGGGUUGGAGAUUACCUACAUUCUUAACGGUAAUUCCCACACCUACAAACGUGGAACCACCACCGGCGCUUCCAAGGAGAUCAUCCUUGAGGAGGACGAGUACUUCACUUCUAUCUCCGGAUACUUUCAUGCAUUAUCCAAUUAUCAGCGACAUGCAAUUGUGAUGUUGCUUACUCUUGAUACCAACAAGGGUGCAUCCAUAAGUGUCGGUAACAAGACUGGCUCUUCCUUCGCCCUUACUUUAGAGGAGGGGAGUAGGAUUCUGGGCUUCUUUGGGCGAGCUGGUACAGCCAUUGACGCUAUUGGGAUUCACUGCUCAUUGCCUAACUAA